GAGAUAGACGACAGCAUGUGUGCCUUCCUCCUGCCCCUUCUCUUUGUUGUUGCCCAUCGACCUGCCGUCGACCGCACCCAGUUUUCGAUUCGUCGGUGCAUCUCUCUUUCUUGGUCAGCAGGGCCGUCCCAUGUCAAGGCUGACGGUGUUGGGCUGCCUCGCCCUGGCCAUCUUGACUGUGUCGUCGGUAGGCGACUGUCUGUGGACACGCACCUGUGUCUGUGUCAUGAUGCCUGACUCUCCUGCUCAGGCCCCGUCUGGUUUGCGAGGCGAGAGUGGGCAGAACAUGUUGAGCGGCACACAGGUGGUGCAGCCGGCUGAUGUGGACUGUGGAUCGUUCGACUGCGAGUUCGGCACUUGCCGGAAGGAUUUGUCCCUGUUGAGCAACGAGGAGCGAUCCACCUAUUGUCAAUCGCAUGGGCCGUGCUUCCCUGAUGGUCGUGAAUUCCCUCUGCACUGUUUCGAGCCGUGCUUCAAGGAGGAGCUGGAGGCUCUCCGCGAGGCGUCGCAGAAUGGCACUGGAUCCGAAGGUGACGACAGAACGAGUAAGAGGGCGGACGUGUAUUAUGGUUGUUUCCUUCUUUCUGCUGCAGAAAUCUUUGGUAUCGAAGUGUACGAUCUGUGUGCCCCUCGUCCUGAAGAUGUCACUUUUCCUGGAGCUGGCAUUCACUAUGUCAGCUCGCCAAAUGCAGCCGCAGGUGGCGCCGUAGGUAGCGCCAUAGGUGGCGCACCCUCUUUCCACAGCCAGCCGCGUAACUUUGGCUUAUCGAAAUUCAUGUGUUGGGUGACGAGUGGUUUCAAGUCUGGUGGGUGUUGAUAGAUGGAAUAUCAGUAGCCAAUUCGCCUCUUGCAUGAGUCUGUCGUUCGUUUGGUUUUGAUCCAUUGCGUGUCUUGUCUGUCCCUCUGGGGGAGGGAACACUCAAUCAGUGUGUCUCCUCAGGAGGGGUAAUGCCACCAACCAAUUGCAUUAUUCAUGUCCUUUGCUUUGCCUGUGAGGCACCUCUUCGCCUGUCGCCAGAGAAAGUCAGAUGUGUACUCAAAGUCGGUGGUGAGGCCUUUUGUUUUGGUGUGCGUCAUAUGUGCGCCCCGGCAGUUUCUUGGAAUGUUGUGUGGCCAUGCCAUGCCUGCAUAUCGCUUGGCUCAGCGGGUUGUCAGCUAUGAGACUUGUCCAUGUGGACCGACGCGUAGGGCCCCAAUAUAUCAUUUCACAUCAAACUCAUGUCCGAA